AUGAGUGUCGAGAGGUUCAUCCGGUUCGAAGACGAGAAGGGAUCGAUACUAUAUGGCGAAGUGUCAACAUCCGACCUGAAAGGAAGUUUGGAAGGAAAAUCAGUGUCUAUUCUUACGGGUGACCCCUUCACGGGACUGUCCAAAACAACUCAUAAGUCAGUCAUCAAGAAGCUGCUGUGCCCGUUGGAAGCGACACCAAUAGUCAUUGGUAUUGGACUCAACUACGCACGCCAUGCCAAAGAAGCAAAUCUUUUUCCUUCAUCUUUUCCUGCCGUCUUCACCAAGCCAGCCGACGCUCUAGCUGGACCGUACGAUGAUAUAUCCAUCCAUCCGGACGCACAAUCUCAGCUCGACUACGAAGGCGAACUCACAGUCAUCAUCGGCAAAGAUGCGAAGAAUGUCACUGAAGCAGAUGCGCUAGACUACGUCCUCGGCUACACAGCUGGCAAUGACGUUUCAGCUCGUAAUUUUCAGCUUCCAGUAUCCGUUUCAGGGAGUCAAUUUUCAUACGCUAAAUCAUUUGAUAAAUUUGCUCCAAUCGGCCCUUCGGUGCUCUUGGCCAAGGGCGUGGAUCCCCAUAGGUUGAGCUAUGUCACAAAAGUCAAUGGUGACAAAAGACAGGAAACUGGAACGGAUGACAUGAUCUUCAGCAUCAAGCAGAUUGUUGCGCAUCUUAGUCGUGGUACGACGUUGAGGAAGGGGACAGUCAUCAUGACAGGCACGCCUAGUGGUGUGGGGUUGUUCAUGGAGCCGAAGGGGUUCUUGAAGGAUGGAGAUGUGGUGGAGGUUGAUGUUGAAGGCAUUGGGUCGCUGAGAAAUAGGAUUGUAUUUGAAAAAGCUUGA